UAGGUGAGAAAUGUCACAGCCAUCUGGUGGCUUUGGGCCACCGCCUUCAAAAAUGCCGCGAACCCAAUCAAUGGGCAGUGCAUCACAGCGGACUCGGAUGUUUGAACCCCAGGCCUCACAUGCUUCACAUCACCAGCAUCCACAACAGUCGAGACCAAUCCACAACUUCCCGCCGGCCCCGAAGCCUCCCUCGCCAAUCAAGUUCUCCGAGGAUCAGAGUCGGCAGUUCUACAAGAAAAUUGAAUACUUCAAAUACCCAUUUUGCACAGACGUUUCGAAGAAAUACACUCGAGUUGUAUUAAUUGGAAAAGGAACUUUUGGCGAGGUUCACAAAGCUAAAGUAGCAUCGAGUUCAUCCGAUGCACCCGAGUACGUAGCAAUGAAACGAAUUAUAAUGGAAAAGGAAACGGAAGGGUUUCCCAUUACAGCUCUAAGAGAGAUCAAAAUUCUCAAGUCGUUGAACCAUCGCAAUAUUGUGCAGUUGAAAGAAGUUUGCAGACAGGCGCCGAGUGAAAGUAACAGAUAUACAAUUAAUAUUUACCUCAUUUUCGAAUUCUGUCAUCAUGAUUUAGCAGGGUUGCUAUCCAGUCAAAGUAUCCAGUUCACAGAACCCCAAAUAAAAGGAAUUCUCAGUCAGUUGUUUGAUGGUCUGCACUAUUUGCAUCUGUGUAAAAUAUUGCAUCGAGAUAUGAAAAGUGCAAAUAUAUUCAUUUCGCAAGAUGGUUACUUGAAAAUAGGAGACUUUGGACUGGCCCGCUCUUUUACCAUGCCUAGAGAUGAUAAACCGAACAGAUUUACGAAUCGUGUUGUUACCAUGUGGUAUCGACCUCCUGAAUUGCUAUUAGGUGAACGAAACUAUACUCCAGCAAUUGAUAUGUGGGGAGCAGGAUGUAUCAUGGCCGAACUCUUCACACGAACACCCAUUCUACAAGGAAACUCAGAAGCUGAGCAAAUAGACAAAAUUUUGAUUCUCUGUGGGUCCAUCGAUAUUCAGACGUGGCCCGAAGUGGUCAACCUGGAGCUGUAUAAAAAGUUCCAGCUGCCCCACAAGUACAGCAGGUGUCUGAUGGUGAAGCUGCAGAAGUUCAUGAAGACGAAGGAGAGUCUGGAUCUUCUGGACAAACUGCUGGUCCUCAAUCCCCAGAAGAGACUCUCGGCCGAGGCGGCCGCUGAACACUUUUACCUCAAAACACCUCCUUACAAGGAAGAGAAUCUUUUGAGUCUUGUGAAGAACAGAGAGUCUUGUUUCGAAGGAACUUUGAGGAGGCAGCACUUGAGUGAGAUGAGCCAGAGAUCGCACAAACCAACUGGACCGCCCGUGCCAGCAGGAGUUUUUGACAGAGUCUACUAGAGUUGAAACUUUAAAAAAAGAGAAACUUGAACUAGGUGCUCUAAAUUUUAUGCUUUCAGAUUUGUGAUUUGAACCGUUCCAAUAUA